CCAUUGUCACUCUUGAGUCUUGACUCUGCCUUCUCGUCUCAUCCUCAAGCUCUCUCCACACUGACAGAGUAAAUUUGAGUUGGUGAAUGAACCGAUAAACACUAAUCUGACAAUGGCCGGAAGUGGCCGAACAAGUGCUCGAAGCAGAAUCAAAUCCACCUCCGGCGUCGAUGAAGAUCGUACCCUCCGUCAGCCCAAUCCGAAACUCCGAAGAAACAGAAGCAGAGACGACAGUUUUAUCAACAUCCUAAAUGUAAAUCUCAAAGCCUUGCUAGGGUUUGGUGUCAUCGCAUUCUUGAUCGCAGUAUUUCUGAUUUAUCAUCUCAUACAACCGGCCGAGGAAGCUCAGAAACCCAGGGUGAUCACGCCUUUCCCUGGGCCAAAACUCAUGGAUCUUCCUCAGUUUCAAGGUGAGCACAAGGAGAGUUUGUACUGGGGAACUUAUCGGCCGCAUGUUUAUUUUGGAAUUCGCGCGAGGACUCCAAGGUCUUUGAUUGCUGGAUUGAUGUGGAUUGGUGUAAAGGAUGGAAGAUAUUUCAUGCGGCAUGUUUGCCAAAAUACAGAUGAGCUCAAGAAAUAUGGUUGGGUGCAUCAUAAUGGACGGGAUUAUGGACGCCAGGUGCUGGUUGACCAAGAUAUAAUGUUGACAACAAGUUUUUUGAAAUCCAAAGCUGAUGGAAGUGGCUAUGGAGGGGACUGGGCAGUUCGAAUUGACAUGCAAAGUGAAAAAUCUAGAUUAGAUGAGGAAAUGCAGACAAUGGGGCACCUUUUCUUCUAUCUUGCUGAUGAAGAUGCAAAUGCUUUAAGCUUGAGUAGAGAUGCUUUGGACAUUCGUGAGAAUUCUCUCCUGGCUUUUGGAUCACGAAAAGAUAUUGGAGGCUGGCAUCUACAUUUAGAAUCAAUGGAUGAUCUAGAAGUCCAUUAUUCUGGUUUCAAGUCACCUCACAUUCACAAUUUAUCUGAUCUUGUCCAGCAAGAUCUUGGAUCCCAAGCAACAAAGUUUGGCCGCUUGCAGCUCUCAGACACAUCGGAUGAUUCUCCAAACAUUUUAGUUUUUCAGAUCUCUGGUAGCAUUCCUUUCAAGAUGGAUUUUGCUUUUGUAUCUGGAACUGAUUUGGAAGGUUCAGGAGUUAAAGAACGUGUCAGAAGCCUCACAGGUACCUUACUGACUAGUCAACUAUUUGAGAAGCAAAAUGAAUUUGAUGAGAAAUUCAAAAGGUGCUUUAAUUUGACUGAUAAGCUUGAUUCUGAAUCCAUUGCCGUUGGUAAGGCUGCUAUUGGAAAUUUGUUGGGAGGCAUUGGCUACUUCUAUGGCCAGUCAAAAAUCUCACUUCCAGGAAACUCUAAUCUUAGAAGUGGUGAUAAUUUUAUUUUGUAUUGGCCGGCCGAGCUUUAUACAGCUGUUCCUAGUCGACCCUUCUUUCCCAGGGGAUUUUUAUGGGAUGAAGGUUUUCAUCAACUACUGAUCUGGCGCUGGGAUAUGCAUAUUUGCUUGGAUAUCAUUGGACAUUGGUUAGAUCUGAUGAAUGCUGAUGGCUGGAUUCCACGUGAACAAAUUUUGGGUGCUGAAGCUCUAAGUAAGGUGCCAGAGGAAUUUGUUCUUCAACAUUCAACAAAUGGAAAUCCCCCAACUUUGUUUUUGGUUUUACGUGAUAUUGUUGACAGUGUAACAAUAAGAAACACAUUUGCAGCCGAUGAAAGCAAUGAGAUCUCUUCCUUCUUAGAACGGGCUUUUGGUCGCCUUGAAGCGUGGUUUCAGUGGUUUAAUACUACGCAAUCAGGCAAGGAUAUUAGCAGCUAUUUUUGGCAUGGACGUGACAACACAACAAAUCGUGAACUAAAUCCAAAGACACUGUCCUCCGGGUUGGAUGAUUAUCCACGUGCAUCUCACCCUAGUGAUGAAGAACGUCACUUGGAUCUUAGAUGUUGGAUGCUUCUUGCAGCAGAUUGCAUGCAUUCUAUUUCAAAGCUUUUUAAGAAGGAAAAUGAAGUGGGGAAGGAGUACAGUUUGACAGCUAAGCAACUAUCGGAUUUUGAAAUUCUAAAUCAGAUGCACUUUGAUGAUUCGUAUGGAGCUUAUUUUGAUUUUGGAAAUCACACAGAAAAGGUUCGUUUGAGUUGGCAAGCAGUAAAGGGAAACAACAAUUAUCCAAGUAGAGAGCUUGUUCGAGAAGUUCUAGAAAAGCCAAAGCUGAGGCUGGUUCCUCAUAUUGGAUAUGUUAGCCUUUUCCCAUUUAUGGGAAAGAUCAUUCCACCUGAAUCUUGGAUUCUAGAAAAACAGCUUAAUCUGAUUUCGAACCGGAGCAUUUUAUGGACUGACUAUGGGAUCCGCUCCCUUUCCAAAUCAAGCUCAAUAUACAUGAAGCACAACACAGAGCAUGACGCACCAUAUUGGAGAGGUCCAAUAUGGAUGAACAUGAAUUACAUGAUUCUCUCUUCACUCCACCAUUACUCUAAAGAAGAGGGACCAUAUAAAGAUAAAGCCAGGAUCAUCUACAAUGAUCUGAGGAGUAAUUUGAUAAGAAACGUGGUUCGUAACUAUAAUCAAACCGGGUUUUUCUGGGAACAGUAUGAUCAGAAAAGGGGGAAAGGAAAAGGUACGCGCUCAUUUACCGGUUGGACAUCGCUUGUGUUGUUAAUCAUGGCCGAAGCUUAUAGUGAAUGAGUGCUCGGAGGGCAUGUGAAUUUUGUAUUUACCUACCUCAAUAGGAAUGCUGUAUCAUUUAUUUGUCAAAUUCAUGUUAUUGGUGUAGCUGGGGUUCCCCCAUUUUUCGGAUUUAUUCGGGGAUUAUGAAAAUUUGUAAAGAGAAUAAAAGCAGGAACAGCACCCCGGUACGGGACGUAAACAAUCUCCGAAAUGUACUUAUGAUGGUUCAUAAGAAAAGGGAUGGGGCAUGCAUGACUUUGUUAA